CACCUCGACCCCAGCAUCCCGACAAUCAUCACACAUGUCGGGAUACUUGAUCUUCCUUCUUACUUUCUUGAACACGGAACACAACUCGGGCCGCGCAUCGGCGUCGACGCGGUGACAGCGGUAGGUGUGUCGCAUGGGUCGGUGUUCGUGGUUGCAGUGGAGGUACUGGGUCCAGUGCCGUUCACACAUCUUGGAAGGCCUUUGUCUUCGCCGGGGAAGGUGAGCUGGCGAUGUUGA